AUGAUCAUCCGGUUAACGCCGGCAUACCCCCACCCUAACAUCCUCUACAACCUCAACCUCCCCGACCCCACAAACCCUCCACCCAUCAGCCCCUCAUGGCACAUGCAGAAGGACACAAUCGAGAUGCUCCAGGACGAAGGGUUCAUGGUCGACCUCCCCCGCGACGUCCACGCGCUCGACAAGGCCGUCUGGCACACGGGGCUGCUGAGCGAAGUCGUCUUCGACGCAGUCGAGCUCCUCAUCUCCUGCACCUUCGUGGACGGCCACACCGUGUCCUGGCCCCUCCCCUCGGAACGUGGUCCCGGGACGUGCCUCGCUGCACUUGACGCCGUCGUCGACACCGUAGCCAAGUCGGCGGACCUCAGCUGCCAGGAGAAGAUGGCCCAGGUGAACGCGUCCGUCGCGAGCUCUGGGCGCGCGAGCGGUUCUGGGGUUCAGUCGGCCCCCGUGUCCCCGACGUCGACGUUGUCGAACAAGGCGCAUAAGCGGCAGCGGUCCCUCCUCUCGUCCCUCUUCGCCGCCGUCAAGGGCGCGCUCUCCGAGUCCCCGAACCGCGCGGCCACGCUCCCGCCUAUCAAGAUUCCGUCCUCCUCGCACUCCCGCAGCCUCUCCCACUUCACGGCUUCCCCGCCGGCGUCUCCCACCGUGCUCAACAGCCCAGCCUGCGCCCAGAGCCCCGCUUUCCCUCUCGAGGUCCGCCCUCGUGCACCCAUCGCGCCCCCCAGGCAUGGUAGGGUCCGGGCGCCGUACGAGCUUCUUCGCACACAGGCGAGGUCUCAGCUGGUCGACAUCAUGCGCCGCUACGUCCUCCCGGUGUUCUCGACAACGGGCUCGCCAUCAUUCUUGGGCACCCAAUGCUCACCUGGAGGCCUCGCGCAAAUGUACGGAUUCCCGCCGGGGUUGUACCCCGCGUGGGCGUGCCGGAGUGUGUUGCGGAAAACGGAGGAGCGCCUGCGGGAGAUGCUCUCGGAGGCAAACGCGCACGGGGCUGAGCUCGCGCUCAACCACACGUCACGCGCGCUGCGCCAGACGUGCUCGACGUCGACCACGGUCUCGCGCUUCCCGGAAGACGACGACGACGACCUCGCGACGGUCAGCGCGACAAGCCUCAGCACGGAGACGGACGGUUCCUCGGUUCACACCCCGAUCGACUCUCCCGCACGCUCGCCCUGGACGCCCGCGCUGGCGUCCCCACGCACGAGCGUCCCUUGCCUCGCCGCGCUUGACAUGAAGGCGCCUUCGUCCUCGCAGGUGCCGCGGAGCCCCUCACCGCCCUCGCCGGAGUUCGACUUCGACAUGAACACGUACCACACCCUCCGCACCCUCCGCGCGCACCUCCAGGCCGUGCUCCACAAGAUGGCCUCCACCCCGCACCAGAUCGCGACCGGGCCCGCGUACGACUCGAACCUGACGAUCCUCGAGGUCAAGAGCCGCCGGCGCGCGUGGUCCGCGCGCGACUACGUGGGCGGCGCGCGCAUGAACCUCGUCGGGCUCGCUACCGUCUUCCGCCCCUCGCCGCUCGCGCGCUGCGAGCCCGUGACCGCGGAGACGCUCGCGCGCUGGGAGGCGCUGCCAUCGCCCCCUCUGAUGGUCCGCAGUCCGACGACGGCACUGCGGCCAUCACUCGCGGUCGCCCCCGAGGUCUUUGCGGAGUUUGGGGUGAGCGUGGGCGUCCGCGCAGUGACGAAGGACCUGGACGCGCAGCUGUUCCCCGUUAGCGAGGAAGAGGAGGGCGACAGCGACGAGGAGGACCGGCACGGGCUCGGGGCAGGCUACGGGUCCGGCCUGGACGAGUACGACGACGAGGAGUGGCGGCACGUCGAGGACUUCGACCUCGAGAGCGGCCUGAGCGUGCACGCGUUCCCGCGCCGCGCCGAGCCCGCGGCGCUUCCCGUCCCCUCAUCGCCGACGGACGCCUUCGCGCCGCCGCCGUCUCCGCACCUGCACCACCCGAUGGUCCGCUCCCGCACGCAGAGCAUGCGCGUCGAGCGCCCGGGCGCGACGCCGCUGCAGCAGCCGCGGCCGACGCUCUCGCCGAACGCGCUGCUAUGCCAGCCGCUCAAGCAGCUGCCGGUCCACGUUCCCGUCAUGCUCGACGAGAGCGGCGGCGGCGUGAGUGGGGCGGAGUUCACGUUGGGCAUGGACCUCCCGCCGCCGCCGCGGACGUGGGGCGGGCAGGACGGCGCGGUGUCGGUGUCGUGCCGGUGA